AUGACCAGUACGGUGGUGAUUCUGGAAGUGGUACGAUUGCUACUGUUGCUGGUCUUACCUGGGAAGGCCAGUACGGACGGUACCGAGGGUUCGCUCAGUGGUACCCGACCGGUUGCCGCCGCGCCCGUGCUGAUCGUGGUGUCGUAUGAUGGCUUCCGGACGGAAUACCUACAGCGCAACAGUUCCGCUUACAUUAACGAGCUGCGGCGAAACGGUACUUCCAGUGCGUACCUGCGGAACGUUUUCCCAACGAAAACCUUCCCGAACCACCACAGCAUCGCCACCGGCGUCUACCCGAACAUGCACGGUGUGCUGGCGAACGGUGUGUACGAUUCGAUCCAGGGUCCGCUAAACUAUUCGUACGAGCUAUUUCACUUCAAUCCGGAACUGCUGCCGAUUUGGUCUUUGAAUCAAUAUGCUGGCGGACACAGUGGAUGCAUGAUGUGGCCCGGAACGGACUAUGGCUACGGUACGCGUAAUCUGACGUGCAGUCACACACAAAGAUUCAACCUAUCGAUACCGUGGACGGAACGUCUCGAUACCGUCUUCCAAUGGAUACGGGACGCUGAACGACCCGCCAAUCUGGUGCUGCUCUAUAUCGAGGAGCCUGACUUCGAUGGUCACAUUUACGGGCCCGAAUCAGAGCGUAUGGAACAGCUGGUCGUGAAAUUGAACGAGCUCACCCGCCAGUUACAUUUAAAGAUUGCCGAACAACGUUUGCAGGAGCGCGUAAACGUCGUACAUCUGAGCGACCACGGGAUGGAGGUGUUGAUGCCGAAAAAUUUCAUCAAUCUAUCCGCACUGGUAUCGGGCGACCUGCGGUACGAUACGUACGGCACCACACCGGUGCUACAGAUCGUGCCGAAGGUCGAGCAGGACCGGUCGGAGCUCUUUCGGCAGCUAAAGCGGGCGGCCGACGCGGACGGCCGGUUUGAUGUGUACAUGCAGGAAAAUUUGCCGGCCCGUUGGCGGUACAAUAACACGCGACGAACCGGUCCCAUCACGGCGGUGGCGCAGCUUGGCUACGGGUUCGAUGAUAUGUGGGGGACUGUUGAGUACUAUCGAAAGAAGUACCGUAUCGAUGUUACACCGGACACACCGUACGGUAUGCAUGGGUACGACAAUACGCAGCCCUCGAUGAACUCCUUCUUCUUCGCGUACGGUCCAGCCAUACGGGAGCAGCUAACCGUCGAACCGUUCGAUACGGUCGAUCUGUAUUAUAUGUUUUGUGAAAUACUUAACCUCGCACCACCGGCGUAUCUGGCAGGCAACGUAAGCCACAUCCAGCACAUACUGCGCAAUAGUUCGCGAAAUGAUGACGGCGAUGAUGAUAACGAUCCGAAUGGAGGCAGCUCCUCGAAUGUGACACGCGUAGAAACAAUCGCAAUGAUUUUCGCCGGCAGCCUUUUUGUGUCCUUUGGCAUAAUGAGCCUGUUUGCGCUCGCCGUGAUUUAUCAGCGGCGAAGGCGCGAACACAUGGUACCACCGUACCUGUACGAGGAAACGGAAACGUUCAUCGACGAAGGCAACAAGAUGCUGCACACCAGCACCACCAACUCCUCGAUAAAUGGUGAUGUUGUGUCGGUUGACGUUUGA